AUGGAGUACUAUGAUCGAAUGUACGAUCGAGUGUCGACACGAAACGAAAAGCCGUUGCAGAGGAUACCUCGUGCGAUCUACAACGUUACUACUACCGAAGAUCCCGUGAUUCAAAAAGUAUGAUU